GAAAACAGGGGUGUGGUGACGUCAAAUCGCACUCGUCAAGCUCUCACAUAUCAUCUUUUAAGAUUAAGGUCGUGUUUAGGUGACGCGUUUCAGUCGGUGAUUCCACGGAGUUAGGAAUGGAGGACGACGGUUCCAGCUCGAUCCGCCGCAUGUCAAGCCGAACGCGAAAAGUUGCGUCCAAAAUGGCCGCCGCACUUGCCAGCGCCGACAACCGCACUCAGGCGGCACUUGCGCGCUUGGAUGCUUUGGAGAAUGACAAUGCGGGUUUUGAAAUCGCAGAUGCCAAUAACGAUGAUGAUGAAGCUUCUCUCGACGAGGAGGAUCAAUUUUAUAUACAGAAGAAGCAGUCUAAAGGCACAAAAAGAAAGACCAGACAGGCAAAAGCACUUGAAGCUAGGAGGGCCCCGAGAACAUUCCUUGAGCUCUUGCAUGAGGCUAACUUAGAAUCAUUGUCACCUCACGUGCCCUCCUAUUGGAAAGCCGCAGUUGGACCUCCAAGCUCAACCUCCCGUCGCCCCUUCUGUACCGUUUGUGGUUUUUCUGCUAAUUACACUUGUGUGAGAUGUGGUAUGCGCUUUUGUUCCUAUAGAUGUCAAAAUGUGCACAAUGAUACUCGUUGCUUAAAAUUUGUAGCCUAAUUCAUGGCCCACAAAAAUGUGCACAAGAACAUUAUUGGACGCACUAUUGUAACUUGUUAUAUAUCAGUGUUCACCAGCACUAUGUGCAAGCAAGCUCUUUGCUCAAUUUUCCUCUUUUGUUACCUUUUAAGACUAGUGGUUCAGUUAUUAAGUCACAAGGUGAAAUUGUAUAUAUUGACCCCUAUUUGAUCCUAUUGAUCUAUGUAACCUUGCUAAAGAUGUCCUUCGAAGUUAUUAAAUUCUAUGAUUCACAAUUCAAAUCCUACAAUUUGACGUGA